GCGUCAAUAUGGCCGUCGGUAGUUGACUAGGGUGUUUGUUUGCUGAUUAUUUAAGUCGUUUUUAAACACGUUAAACACUUUAACAAAAUGAAUAUGUCAGUGGAGAAAAAGAAGUACCCGUCGGCGUUACCAACAAAUUGGCCGACGAGAGAGGAAACCACUAGAAAAAGUCAAAACCAAUUGUCAACCACGGGAAAGGUUGACGUUUUCUAUUAUAGUCGUGGAGUAAGAAACGACGCAUCGUUAGUACCACCGAUAAGACAAACGGCAUCCAUUUUCAAACAACCAGUGACCAUUUAUAAAACGCAAGAGGGAAAAGUAAAAGACAUCAAGCUUGGAAAUCAAGAAAAACCAAAACAGGAAGGAGCCGAUAAAACUGAUGGCAAAUAUGGCUCCCAAGAUAAGCCUAAGCAGUUAUUUUGGGAAAAACGUUUGGAGGGUUUAAGGGCAUGCGAUCCAGAUGGUUUUGAAUUUGAUGCAAUGGAUUUACCAAAAAGUUUAAAACCAGUGGGACCGUAUAUUACGGACGAAACUUUAUUACAAAGUGUUGCUACGGCUCUACAUGUUUCAUCUCAACCAGUCACGGGACAAACUGGUUCAAAAACAGCUUUAGAGAAGAAUCCCGGGGUAUUUCUUAAUCCUGAUCAACCCCUUGUACAGGCCGUUUCGAUAGCGGACGAAGAUAUCAAGAGACAAGAAGACCGAGUCGCUCUGGCGAGAAAAAAGUUACAAGACGCGCUGCGGGGGGUUCCUACAUAAAUUGUACAAUUUUGUUAGCUGUAUUUUCAUUCGCUCAUCCCUAACCUUAAGUUCCUUAUAAAUUAUGUCAUAUCAAUUUUGAUAAUAAAUGUUUCGUAAAGAAGUAAAAAUCA